GAACGUUGAUGGUUUGGGAGUUAAAGUUUUGAAAGGGUUUUAUACCAAAAGACUUCCAUAACCGAACUUCUCCAUUCCAUCAAAUGGGCAAGAAGAAGAAAUUUAUCGACAAAAAGAAAGCGGCAACCUUCCAACUACUGGCCCGUGACUCCUCUGAUCCGUAUUUUGAUGACACGCCUGGCAACGACCGAGUCUUCGUUCGACUCGACAACAAUCCCUACUCGUUAGAUGUCCUUGAAGAAAACCACGACGAUUCCAAUUCUAUAUUCGCCGACGCAGCCGAGGACGACGGCGACGACGAACUUGAGAUUAGGGGCGCCUCAACGGCAUCCUUGCCAGAGCACAUUAGGAGAGAAAUUUUGGAGCUAGGGUUUCCUGAUGACGGCUAUAAUUAUCUAACUCAUUUAAGGGAGAUUAAAAACACCGGCGGUGGUUCUGCUUUUUAUCAUAACCCUAAGUUUAGGCUCGACCAGCUCCCGCGUGACGUCAAGGCUUAUGAUGCUUCAAGAGUGCAAAUUUCUCAAGUUAAAAGCGAGGCAAAUGAUAACUCGAUUUAUAGUGUUGCGUCAAAGACAUUUGGUGUCAGGGUUCCAAAAGCCAUUGAUCCUGAAGUGGAUGCCUUGCUGGAUGAUAGUGAUUUAUCACGGUUUGGUUCUGAUGUUGAGGACUUGGAAGAGGAUUUCAUUGUCCAAGCAAAUUAUUCUGAAGAAGUGGCUGAUUUGGAGAUUGAUAAGAAGUUGAAUCUGGUGGAUGAAUCUAAAGUGGUAACGAAAGAUGACUCUGUUAGUUUUUUUCAUCAAGAAAAUGUAGUUGGAGAAAGGAAAAGUGCACUGGAGGAAGAAGAAAAUGAUUUUGUUGCUGACAAGCCACGUGUUCGCCGUCUUCUUGAUGAGCAGUUUGAUUUGCUUGAAUGCCAAGAAUAUGGUACUGACAGUGACGAUGAUUAUGGUGGUUAUGAUGUUGAAGAAGAAGAAUCUCUUGCAAACAAGCUCAAAAGUGUCCUUACCGACCGUGUGGCAGAGGACUUUGAACUUUAUGACAAAUAUGAAGCUCCGGCUGAUAUAUUGCAUGUUAAUGAUAUUCCAAAGGGUAAAGAAGCACAGGACUCUGCAGCUGAUAUUAUACGUCGUUGUGUGGAAUAUGCAGAAAAGUAUGAAAAUGAAAGUGAAAAUGAAGACGACAAAGUUGUUGUGCAGGAAAGUAGUGAUGAAUUGGAAGAGUGGGAUUGUGAGACUAUCAUUACUACAUAUUCAAAUCUUGAUAACCACCCUGGGAAAAUUGGAGCACCAGAAAUAGCAAGAAAGAAGAAGUUGGCAGAAACUGUCUCUGCAGCCUUGAAUGCAAACAAUCAUGUCAUAUCCCUUAAAGGAAAAGAGAAGCUUCCUGUAGAAUUUUUGCCUCAUGGCCAAAAAGCUGCUACAGAAAAAAUGAAGGUCAUGGGUAGCUUGAAAAGUGAACAGUUGAAGAGGAAGCAACAUGGUCAGGAAUCAAAGGAGGAGAAGAAAGAACGGAAGACUGCUGUCAAGCAGGAGAGACGUGAAGCUCGGCAAGCAAAAAAAGAGAUGAAGGGGUUGUAUCGCGGUGAAGCACAGCGAGCACAAAAAGUCGCCGCUAUAUCUGGCCCAUCAUCCAUUCGUCUGAUGUAGAGUUUGAUACCAGUUUAUUGUUUAAGUCAGUAUGGUCUUCUAGCCUCUUUCUUUUUUAUCAUCGAUGCAAUUGGACCGUAACAGCUUUAAUUGGAACAUCUGAGAGGUAAUGCACCAAAGAUUACACAUUCCUGAUUGUCUUCCAUUGCACAGAAGAGCAUGCGGCAAGAUUAAAUUCUCUUGCAGAGUUUUAAAUUUUGUUGUAUUAAUUUUGGAACAUUAAUUUCUUUGUCUUCGUUUAUCAAAUCAUUGGCUUUUUCAAAGACUUGCAAUGGAUAAGUAGAAGUUGAAUUGGUGCAAGGCAUCAGUGAGUCGGCCACAUACAUUUUUAUCCCUGGACAUAUGCUAAGUUUGUUUUUACGGUGGUAUACAUAUUGGUCUUAUUCUACGGUUGUAGGCUUACUUCCUUGCCAUGCGGCCCAGGGCCUUUAUUGGGUGUAUAUAUCCCUGUUGUUAGAAAGGAAAGUGUUUCGGUUC